AUGCUGGGACAGCUUAAUUUGACGGCUCGUUCGACUUUUUAUUGUUUCGAAGGAAUUCCCGACCCACCAGCAAUCAAGGUCUACGAGCGUAUCAAGCCUCCUGGCGCUACAAAUUCUUUAGCGCCUCUCGCCAAAAAACUUUCCGACGUGUCGAUGUGUUCGAAAAAGAGCACGGUGUCGAUGGGUUUCAGCUAUUUGUCAGGCGAAAGUCCAAAAUGUGAUCGUCCACGUUCGAAAUCGAUCCCGAACGACCGCUGCAAACUGGAACGGUCGAACUCAUGGAAAGACAUCAUCAAUGCUGAUAAAUCGAAAGCUAAACAUAAGUUGAGACGUCGACCCGGAAUGAAGAUUGUGCCUCGGAAAAAGGAGACUGCCCAGUUUUACACCGAUUCUGACUCAACUAGCUCUACUGUUCCUGUUCAUCUGCCACAAACUGAGAUGUUUCAACAUUUCUCUGGAAUGCCUCCUGACCCUGAUGUGAUGAUGGAAGGCUAUCUGUACAAAAGAUCGUCGAAUGCUUUCAAAACGUGGAAUCGACGGUGGUUCCAAAUAAAGGAUAACAAAUUGGUGAGCACCUAA